AUGAUGGUCCACUGGUAAGUCGACAGAAAAAUAAUUCAGUAAUUCCCAACGACGAAGAUUCCCGGAGAACCCACUAAGAAACUAUAGCUCCCAAUGCACAAUAUUUCCCCAGAAGAAUCUUCUACAGCAGCUCCUCCACCAUACGCGCCGCCUUUGGAUCCAACGUUCUACUCGAGAUCCGAAUCGCCAUCCAAACCGCAAACUAUUUCGGAAUCAGCAAAAAGGAAUCGACGAAAAGCAUGCAUCUGUAUGGGAGUAGGAAUCGUCAUGUUUGUUGCUGUACCUGCCGCUAUUUUUGGUGGAAUAAUAUCAAAGGCACAUACAAAUUGUAUAACCAAGACACCGGGCAACGCGGGAAGUCUUCCAGAUGGACAGAAGUUUUGUUGAUAGUAUGCUUAUGGACGGCGUUGGGGACUGGGCAGGAGUAUCAGGCAUGAUUGGUACGAAUUCAUUUGGUGUACGACAUUUCUCGGAGUAUGGACCUGGAUUGGAAGGGCAUUUGGGGUUUGAAUUUGGAGUCGAAAUGGUCAACAGGUUGGG